AACGUUUUAAUUAUAAACAGCGUUUGUUUUAAUGGUUUAAGCGUUUUAAAUAGAAAUGGUAAAAAAUAUUGGUUUGUUUAUAAAAGUAGAAAAGAAAGCAGCAAAACCACUUUAACAAUGUUCAAUUAAAAUAAUUAGUGACAACAAGGAAUGCGAGUUUUUUGUUUCCCUUGGGACGUUAUUAAACUAUCUCCCACAUUGAUAACAGUUAUAUUUGCUGAAGAAAACAAGUCAAAGCAGUAGGAAAUAUUUUUAUUAAUUUGUGUUAUUGAGAUUAGAUAUUUCCUAUCAUUUAUAUUACCUAAUAUGUUAUUCCAAUGAGUUUCAAUUGAGUGUGUGUACCAUACAAUUUUCUAUUGUGUGUUAUAACUUAAUUUAUUGAUUUUCAUUGUUAAAAUGGAAAGAGAAGCUGUGUUUUUGGUUAAAUGUGAAGAAAAUGUUUACAAGUUGUGCCAGGAGGUCAUUAAUAAGCAUUCUGGAGAGUUACAAAAAUGCUUUGUUGUGUUUAUUUCAAAUCCUAGUAGAACCAUUCCUUUGUGGAGGCAACGAGCUGGAAGAGAUGAGGAUAGAUUAGUUAUAUGGGAUUAUCAUGUAAUAUUUCUAUACCAUCCAGAACCAGAAAAGUGCCUGGUAUACGAUUUAGAUUCAGAACUGCCCUUUCCAACUUAUGUGCACAAAUAUGUAACGGAAACAUUUCGUACAGAUCAUAUUUUGAAACCGGAUUAUUUUAGGUAUUUUCGAGUUAUUUCAGCUGCUGAAUUCUUAAAAGAUUUUGCUUCUGAUCGAAGACAUAUGAAACGACCUGAUGGUACAUGGAUUAAACCACCACCAAAUUAUCCAGCAAUAUCAACCCCAAGUAAUUCCCAUAAUUUAGAAGAGUUUAUUCAAAUGGAUACUGCAAAGGGUCCCGGUCAAGUAUACAAUUUAAUCCAAUUCGUCCAGAAAUUUUACAAGCCUGCAACAUAGUCGUAAGAGAUGAUGGUAAAAGAGACAACAAACAAGUCAAUUUUCUUUGUGCUCUUACGGUAAUUUGUAUUUUACAAGUGGAGCGUGGCCGAAAUUAAUUUUCGGACUUUUAAAAACGCGCCGAUUCGCACCAAUUUUUUUGGCGGCGCAAACGAUCGCUUUUUUCUAACUAUCUUCUUAACCAAUUUUCUCGAUACCUACGAAUUAAAAACAAAAAGAAGUGAAUAAGUAAAUGAAUAACGAGAGAAGUCUUUUCUAUACAUAAAUGUUUAUCUGUAAUCACUUUUCUCUAUCAUCGAUAAAUAUUAAUAAUUAUACGAAUAUAUGCUUAAAUAUUAGACGAUUCCUUGUUCUAAUCGUCGUUUUAGCGCCAGUUUUAAAAACUCGAAGGUGUUUUAACGUUUUUUAAUGAAAGUACGGUCUAAAUUAUUAUAUCAAUGGAGUAUAAUAAGUGUAAUAAUAAUAAUAAUAGUUAAAAGUAA